AUGCAGUCUUCCUGGAGUGCGCCAGCCACUGCCCAAGUCACCAUUGAGGCUGUGCCGCCCCUGGUUGCUGAAGGGAAGAACGUUCUUCUACUUGUUCACAAUCUGCCCCAGGCACUCAUAGCCUUUUCCUGGUUCAAGGGAACCACUUUGACUGCAAACAAUGAAAUUGGACGAUUUAUACCGUCCUCUAAUAAGAUUCUAUUGGGGCCUGCACAAACCAGCAGAGAGACCAUAUACAGCAAUGGAUCCAUCCUCUUCAAAACUGUCACCAAGAGUGAUGAGGGAGUCUACACACUAGAAAUGACAGAUGAAAACUAUGGUCGUGCUCAGGUGUCUGUGCGAUUUUAUGUACACCCCUCACUUUUAGCCUCCUGGAGCCCUGCCACCACUGCCCAAGUCACCAUUGAGGCUGUGCCGCCCAACGUUACUGCAGACAAGAACGUUCUUCUACUUGUUCACAAUCUACCGCAGACACUCAGAGUCUUUUACUGGUACAAGGGAACUACUGGGGCUGGAAACAAUGAAAUUGGACGAUUUAUAACAUCCAUUAACAGGAGUAAAAUGGGGCCUGCACACAGUGGCAGAGAGACAAUUUACAGCAAUGGAUCCCUGCUCUUCCAAAGUGUCACCAAGAAUGAUGAAGGAGCCUACACAUUAUAUAUGCUAGAUCAAAACUUUGAUCCUACUCUGGUUUCUGUGCGAUUUUAUGUACACCCCUCACUUUUACCCUCCUUGAGCCCUCACACCACUGGCCAAGUCACCAUUGAGGCCGUACCGCCCAACGUUGCCGAAGGGAAGAACGUUCUUCUACUUGUUCACAAUAUGCCUGGGACACUCCGAGCCAUUUACUGGUACAAGGGAACCACUGCGGGUGACAAAAAUGAAAUUGCACGAUUUAUAACAGCCUCUAAUAAGAUUCUAUUGGGGCCUGCACACAGCGACAGAGAAAUAAUAUACAGCAAUGGAUCCCUGUUCUUCCAAAGUGUCACCAAGAAUGAUGAGGGAGCCUACGCACUAGAUAUGCUAUUUCAAAACUUCGAUCAUACCCUAAUACCUGUGCGAUUUAAUGUUCACUCCUCACUGCUAACCAUCUGGAACAUCCCCACCUCUGCGAAGCCCACUAUUGAGUCGGUGCCACCUGCUGUUCUCGAAGGGAAGGAUGUCCUUCUACUUGCUCACAACCUGCCAGACAACCUAUUAGCCUAUCACUGGUUCAAAGGAAAACGGUCGAUAGACAAAGAUCUAAUUAUAAUGUUUGAAAUAAAAUCUCAAGAAACAAAACAAGGAAAGCUAUACAGCGGGAAAGAGACACUGUACCCGAACGGAUCCUUGAUGCUACAGAAUGUCACCUUGAAGCAAUCUGGAAUCUACAGCCUACAUAUCCAUUCUGAAGAUGACCAAAAAUCAUUGUUUGUAGAAGUCUUUGUGUACCGUAAGUGA